AUGAAUGCUAGAAGACAUGAAGGUGAUUCAAAGUCAAUGGAGUGUUGUUUUUCCAUGAUCAGAAGUGAAAUUGGUUGUCAAACAUUGGUUCACACUGGUUUGUUUAUUUCUCUUUCGGAUCUGAUGAGUGCUAGGAGGUUGGAUUUCUCUAGGAUUCAAGGUAGGCAGAGAGUCUUAUUUGAAAUAUUCCGGUGUCGUCCUCUAAGAGGAUGGUGGAAGUUAAACACAAAUGGGUGUUCUCUUGGCAAUCUAGGUAUCUCUAGAGUUAGUGGUGUGUUUCAAAAUGAGAAGAUGGAGGUUAUGGCAAAUUACAGGGAUCAUACCAAUUUUGAGGCGGAGUUUUUGGCUGUAAUAUCUGGGAUAGAACAUUCAGAAAAUCUGGGCGUCCAAAGGUUGUGGAUUGAAUGUGACUCGGCCGCAGUGGUUACUUUGUUUCAAAACAACAAGGUUCCUUGGAUCGUUCGUCAAAGGUGGUUAGCAUGCAUGAGGUUUUUAGAUCGUGUGGAGUGA